UUUCUGAGGAGAAAAGGGGUGAAAAUGAAGCUUUUCUUUAACGUGCUUACAGUGAUUUUAUUUUUACUCGACCACAGUGCGUCUGGUGUUGGAUCAGAUGAAGUGUCAGUGAUGGAGGGAGAUUCAGUCACUCUAAACACUGGUGUUAAAACAAACCAACAAGAAGAUAUAAAAUGGUACUUCAGCAGCCUUCGCAUCGCACAAAUAAAUGGAGAUCUGAGUAAUAUCUGUACAGAUGUUCAGUGUGAAGAUGGUGAUGAGAGAUUUAGAGACAGACUGAAGCUGGAUCGUCAGACUGGAUCUCUGACCAUCACAAACAUCACACACACACACUCCGGAGAAUAUACACUGAAGAUCUACAGCAGCAGCGACAGUGAGAAGAUCUUCAGUGUUUCCGUCACUGAUGUUUCUGCUGCUGAACUAUAUGAAGUGAGGGAGGGAGAAUCUGUCACUUUAGAUUCUGGUUUUAUAAAACACCCAAAUUAUUUAAUGACUUGGUAUUUUGAUAACAUUCGCAUCACUGAAAUCGCUGUAGAUCAGAGUAAGAUCUGUACAGAUGUUCAGUGUAAAGAGAGAUUCAGAGACAGACUGAAGCUGGAUCAUCAGACUGGAUCUCUGACCAUCACAAACACCAGAAACACAGACUCUGGAGAAUAUAAACUACCGAUCAUCAUCAUCAACAGCAGCUUCAGCAUCACUAGAUUGAAAAGAUUCAGUGUUUCUGUCAUUGAUUCAGGUCUGUCUCCAGGAGCUGUAGCAGGAAUAGUUGUUGCUGUUGUUCUGCUGGUGUGUGCUGCUGCUAUUGCUGUGGUUUACUGUCGCCACAACAAGAGCCAUGCAGAAGUACCACAGAGUUUUAAAAUGGUCAAACGGUGUGCAUGUGGUACAUGCAACUCUGACACUCGGUAUCCCGAGAGGCUGGGCGACGGUGUGUAUUUCUUACCCUUUCCCAAGCCACAUCUCAACCGAGAUAAGUGUCUGCUCUGGAUACAGAUGCGGUAG